UUUACGUGUGACCAUGGAUAGAGAUUCAUCAUUGACGUCAAAAACCAGUUCUCACGCUUUCAACCUCGCCCCCAUUACCAUCUACCACUUGUUUUCUCCCAAUUCCUCAAACCUCCAUCUCUAUCCCCCUUCUACUACCUAAUUAGGGUUCCCGAUUUCUUCGAUUUCUUGCCUCAGAAUUCUUCGGAACGCCACAAACUUCGUUCUCAUUCCCGAUUUUCGAGCUGUUUUUAUAAAUUCUAGCAUCGGUUCCCAUGAAGAACCCUAGGAAUAGGAAGAAGAAGAAGAAGAUCCCGGCGGCUUUGGAGCCGACCGCUGCUAUUAUUGUUGCCAAAGAUGACAUUAACGCCGUCGGCGCGGUGACCGAGGCGUUCUCGGCGGCUUCUUUGAACGAUCCAGCAGCGAAUGCUUCUCGUGAAGCUAGGGUCGGCUUGAACGAAGAUGCUGAUGCUUUUGAUUCUGGCUUCGGCGACUGUAUCGAUGAUCUGACAACGACUUCGUCGUCCAGCGCGAUCACGGCUUCGUGUUCGAGUUCGUAUUCUUCGGAGGAUGUUUUAGAUUAUAAGGGUUAUAUGGGGAAGAAGCAGAAGCGGAUCGUUGCUUCCACGGGAACAGUAUCCACUGUUUUAGGGAAGGAUUAUGUUCGGUCGUCCUUGAAGAGAGAUUCGAGGAAUAAAUUCAUGGAGUUUGACCAUGGGAACAUUUCUCAACAGGAGGCGGAGCAGUUCCUUUGCUCCAUGCUAGGAAACGAGUGUGAACUGAGCAUGGCCGUCGUAAGAGAUGUGCUCUGUCAAUGUGGAUAUGAUGUGGAUAAGGCUUUAAAUGUUUUACUUGAUUUAGCUGCCCCUAGACAGUCUGGAAGUGAUAGGUACUCACGUAAUGGUGCUGACUUCGAACAAGAUUUGAGAUCUCCAGUUGAACAGAUUGAAAAUUCGCUAGAUCGUGCAUCCGAUUCUACCUCCUAUUCGUCCGAAAGUGAAUUUCAGGAGAGUAUAUGGUCGAUUGCUGCUGGUUGUAGGAAUGAUGUGAAGGUUCUUGGUGGUUCCGAAGUCGAAGAAUCACAGCCCUCAAGACGUAUUGAAUCUGAGCUCCCUCAGACAUUGUUAGAGACUUUAUUCAACGUUCCGAGAAGUCCUGAAUAUGAACCCAGCGCCAUGAAUUGGAGAAGUAUGGUUAAGAAAAUGCAAUCUCUGGGACCUGCCAUUGAUGUCACUGCCUUAAGUUGUGUCCAGGAUACUUGUGACAAUAAAGCUAAAGAUGACUAUCAGUUCUACAGGAAAAAUGCAAAUCAGCAUUGGGAUUCCGCAAAAUCCUAUUACCAGAAGGCAACAACGACGUAUACAAAAGGAGAACGCAGUUAUGCAUCUUACCUAUCAGAGCAGGGGAGAGCGCAAGCUAGACAGGCGCAGAAGGCUGAUGACAAAGCAAGUCACAAUAUAUUUAUAGCCAGAAAUAGGGAGAUAGAGAAUGUGAUAACAAUUGAUUUGCAUGGGCAACAUGUGAAACAGGCAAUGAGGCUUCUUAAAAUGCACCUCCUAUUUGGAUCUUAUGUUCCCUCCAUUCAGUCCCUGAGGGUUAUCACCGGAUGUGGAUCUCAUGGUGUAGGAAAAUCAAAGCUGAAAACUUCGGUAAUCAAACUCCUAGAAAAUGAGGGCAUCAAAUGGAGUGAAGAGAAUCGGGGAACCAUACUGAUCAAGCUCAGUGGUUACAGAGAGUUUAACUUUCUGGAUUCUCAUAGCGAUACCGAGUAAGACUUCUACUAAUUCAUUGAAAUGUCCAACAACACAUAUAAAUGUAUGUAUGACACCUUUUUAGCGCAUAACGCAAUUGAUCAAGGGAAGGGCAUUGGAGCUCAUUGUGUGAACAUAUAGAAAGUGGGUGUAGUUACACAGUUAGGCGAACAACUUAUAUUAGGCCUCUAAUAAACCAUAACUAGUGUAUAACUCGUAGUUAUGCCCCUA